AUGGCAGUUUCUCUCCUCAUGCUCUGCAGCGCGAGCGCUGCAUACGCAUGGCAGGGAGGGCUACAGCUGCCGUACCAGCCGCUCACCGCCAGCAGGACAUGCAGGGAGAGAAAGAGGCACUACUCAUGUGCAUACUUCCGUCCCGAGGACGUUGUCUACUUCCAGGUCAUCGAGCGCAUGCCGACGAGCAGGCAGGUAGGGCGAGCAUGCGGGAUGGAGGAGGUGGCUGCACGGGCGCUAGUCGAGCUCGGGUCCGUGUUUGUGCGGGAGGAUGAGAUGAAAAUUUUCGUUCGUCCUCGGAGAUUUCCAGCGUGUUAUCAGGAAUGGAACGAUCGUGUGCUGUUCGAAGAUGAAAAGUUCCUCAUCAUCAACAAGCCGCAUAACCUCCCAUGCCAGGCCGUCGAUAGCAACUCGCACGAGACUGUGGUGGAGUGUGUCGGUAGAAAACUGAACAAACGUCUACAUCUCGCCCACCGGCUGGACAACUGCGUUGAGGUGAAGCUGUCAGCUGUUGAUGCUCGCCCCUGA